GUGGGGCUGGCGGUGCCGGAGAGUCCCGGAGCGGCGCCCGCCUCGGAGAGCGGUCCCGCGGGAGCCGGCUCCGGGAGCAGCGGCGCUCCCAGCCCGCCGGGGGAGGAGUCCCGCAGCCUGGACUCGCUGGAGUCCUUCUCCAACCUGCACUCCUGCUGCCCGAGCAGCUCCGAGCUCAACAGCGACGCCGACGAGGCGGUGGUGGCGGGGGCCUCCUUGGGGGGCCCGGCCCCGGAGCCCGAAGGGGAUAGGCCGGCGGCGGGCUCCCAGCUCCUCUCCGCUUCCAAGGAGCGCUUCCCGGGGCAGUCGGUCUAUCACAUCAAGUGGGUCCGCUGGAAGGAGGAGAACACGCCGGUCAUCACCCAGAACGAGAACGGCCCCUGUCCGUUGCUGGCCAUCAUGAACGUGCUGCUCCUGGCCUGGAAGAUUAAACUGCCACCAAUGAUGGAGAUCAUAACAGCUGAACAGCUGAUGGAAUACUUAGGAGACUACAUUCUCGACGCAAAACCUAAAGAGAUAUCUGAAAUUCAACGACUUAAUUAUGAGCAGAAUAUGAGUGAUGCAAUGGCAAUUCUGCAUAAGUUGCAGACGGGUCUGGAUGUCAAUGUGAAGUUCACAGGUGUCCGAGUAUUUGAAUACACUCCUGAAUGCAUAGUGUUCGAUCUUCUUGAUAUCCCCUUGUACCAUGGAUGGUUAGUGGACCCUCAGGUUGCUGACAUAGUAAAAGCAGUUGGUAACUGCAGUUACAAUCAGCUGGUGGAGAAGAUCAUUUCUUGUAAACAGUCAGAAAACAGUGAACUGGUUAGUGAAGGGUUUGUAGCUGAGCAGUUCCUAAAUAACACAGCUACACAAUUGACAUACCAUGGACUCUGUGAGUUGACUUCAGCUGUCCAGGAGGGAGAACUUUGUGUGUUCUUCAGGAACAACCAUUUUAGCACCAUGACCAAAUACAAGGGUCAGCUUUACCUGCUGGUGACAGACCAGGGCUUUCUUACAGAAGAGAAGGUUGUGUGGGAAAGUUUACACAAUGUGGAUGGUGACGGGAAUUUCUGUGACUCUGAAUUCCACCUGCGGCCUCCAUCAGACCCUGAAACUGUCUACAGAGGGCAGCAGGACCAAAUAGAUCAGGAUUAUCUGAUGGCACUAUCUCUACAACAAGAGCAGCAGAAUCAAGAGAUUAACUGGGAACAGAUCCCAGAAGGAAUCAGUGAUCUAGAGCUAGCAAAGAAGCUCCAGGAAGAGGAGGACAGGAGAGCUUCUCAGUACUAUCAGGAACAAGAACAAGCAGCUGCUCAGGUCCAGCAGGUACAAGGUGCUGCCUCUCCAGCCAGUGCGAGACAAUCCGGGAGUAACGAACGCAAACGCAAAGAGCCUCGAGAGAAGGAGAGGGAGAAAGAGAAGAACAGCUGUGUUCUUUUGUAACAGAACAUGGAUUCCAUCUGGAGUCAAGUGCAUGUCCUCAGAAGCAAAAACAAGGAGUAAAAAGGAAGACAAACCUGUUACAUGCCGCCUGUGCCUGAUUACCCCAUGGAUUUUGUUCAUGUUCCAAGAGAGGAUGGAUGACUUUGUAACAAUCAGACAGACUUCCUUCAAAGUCAUAGUGCGUGCUGCUCAAGAGGGAAUUCCAAAUCACAGUUGGAAGCGGCUGUGCUUUGAGUUAGUCGUAAGAAAUACUGCACCUUGUAGCUGAACACACAACUCAUGGCAAGUCCUGUGUCAUAGUGACAUCCAUUACUCAUUACAUCAGUUAGUAAGCUAUUUUAUCUUCUACUCUAAACAAAGGUCUUGAAGCUUUGGAAAAAAGGUAAAGAAUUCCUGAAAUCUAGGGCUGCAUGAGUUGAACUUGUUAGUGGCAAAAGUUUUAAGCAGUUGAGCUUCCUAAUACCCAAAAUGAAAUUCAUCUGGGAGCUUAAUUUAUGCCCUACUGGGAGUAACCAUUCCAAAAGCACCUUGUCACCGUUGGUAUCUCUGAUAGUAUCUGAGGAUAAAAAACAUGAACAGAAUUGCUUUUAUCUAUAUGAAGUGAGCUUGGAAAACAAUAUUGCACAAUAUAGUCUUGGAGUACCAGGAAGACAAUAUCUACUUCUGUUUACUUCAUUUGCCUUUUUUUUCUCUUUUUUUUCCUCCAGCUUAUGUUCUGGCAAAACAUAAGUAAUAUGGUAUAGAUUUAUACUUUAAAUCUAUUUAUACAAUUUAGCAUGCACAUGCUCCAUAGUAUAUAUGAAAGUGUCCAAAAAAGUAGAGUAGAACUUGUUUUCCACUAGAUAAAUGCUAGCACAGAAGAAAAAAUAUCACAGAAUUUUUGUUUUUGCAUUAUAGUUGUGACAUAAAAAAACGCUACAUAAAAGUAUUCUUAAGAUUAGCAAAAAACUCAGCACUGCCAUAGAGAUAAAUGUUUUUUCUAUAAGGCACUUUGUAAAUGCUCAGAUCCACCAGUUUUCUUGUGCCACUCAUGGAAUCUGCAACCCAACAAAGCAGAUCCAAAGGAGGGUUGUAACACCAGAGAAUGAAAUUAGCAUUCCUGAAAAUUCACUUAAACACCAUCCAAAAACUACAUUUUGUAGCUGUCCAUGUAAGAAGUGAUGUGUUCAGUGUCUCUGCAGAGCUGCUCUUGUGGCUCACAGGCACAUGAGCUCCAAGGGAAGCACAGGCUCUGCUGAGAACCUCAGAUUGCCAGGCAGGCUCUUUCUCACUUGGUAUUUCACAUUAUUAUCAUGUUUCUUCAAACUUGUAUACACAAGCUCUUGGAAAAAUUUUCCAGUAUGUAAUAAAAGGCAGUUUUGGAGUUCUUGAAAUGGAAUUUUCUUGUGCAUUCAGCAGGAAAUACUCAAGUGAAAGGUACAGCUGAUACAUUUUUAACUGAACCAUCCUUUGUUCCUGCUCCACUGCUUCUGUAACAAAGUCAUUCCUUGGAUCAUCUCUUUGCAUUAGGAUGCUUAUUAGAGAAUCAAUACAAACUACAUCCUUCAAUACAACAUACUAAAUUAAGAGCUCAUUUUAUAUAAAAGCAGAUUUUUAAAAGUUGCAGCAUUAAACAGGUGACUCAGGGAAUGCAUGUUAAAUGUUGUGAAAUCCUCAUUAGAAAGCAUAUUACAGAAAAGCAAAAACAACAAGCUGUAGUUUGGAUGCAUUCGAAUGCUCCCAUUUUUUCCUAUCUGUGCUACGAUGAAGAACACCUUGUUAUCAAGAAAAAUCCAACGUUAAAAAAUGUUCAUUCAGUCUAGCAUAUUACAGCAAAUGUCACGUGCAAGGCCUGAAAAUGGCAUUUCAUCUUAAAAUUGAUGAGUCCACAUCCUUUUUUAUUAAGCAUAACUAGCCAGAAACUUAGUGCUGAGUGGGAAAUGGGAAGAGGUGAGUGCCAGCUUCUCAAACCACAUCAUAUACAGUCUGAUGUUCACAGUGCUCCUGCAGAGCUCCCUCUCGUUCAUAGCUUGGCCAGCAGAAAAGAAUGGAUGUAAGCUCGGCUGUGAUCUGCUCUGAUGGGGAAGAAGUGCCACAGGGGAAUGCUAAGGAGGAAAGAGAGGCCGGAACAUAAGUCCCUAUGCUACCUCUUGAGAUUGUUUAAGGCUUUGUCCGUAAUUUUGCUGUUAUUUUGGACACAAAUAGCUGUGGCACAGCGUGCAGCGGCCGCAUUUUCUCACCUAGGUAAUGCCCAGCAGGUUCAUUUCCUGGCAGGCUGGCAGUGUCUGUCCCUGGACACACUGCUCCUCACUCUCACUGUGCUUUAAAGUCAGGACUAGCUGUGCUGAUCCUCUGAUAGCCUCAGAUAUUAAAUGUCAGUUGCCUACUGUUCAGUUUUGGUCAAUGUCGGCUCCUACCACUCUGAACUCUCUUUGCUGGAGAGUUCUCUCUAGAGAACUUGCUGAAAUCUGCUUUCUCCAUUCCUUUUCUGGUUUGUAGGAUGACUUCUGUUCAUGGGAAAACUCCAUGUGCUGAAAUGGGCAAUUCCUUGUUUUUCAAGAUUAAAACCUUUAAAUACUCAGUUAAUUAUCGUUAGAACGUCAAGAUCCCAUGUUUGCCUAUACAGCAUAAAAAAUUGUGCAACAUAAUAAUGCUAUUUUUGGGAAAUCUUAGGGGAUUUUCAGCACUCAAAGUAGCUGAAAAGUUUGCUAGCUCAGUCUAAACAGUGCUUACAAAUAGUGUAACAGUGCUGAAAUCCAAGGCAGCUGCUGCUCUGAUCAGUGCAGACAGAGCUGAGGCACUGCCCAUGCCCUCCCGGCCAAGUUGUGCACUCAGGGCAGCAGGUGCUGGGUCGAUGUUGCUGGGGCCAAAAGUGAACUAAAUGGGGUUGUUUGAUAAAGUCAGACACUCAGCCAAAUGUACAGAGAUUUUGGGGGUGGACAGAGACACAAACUCAGCUAAGUUUUUUUGUUUGGUUUUUUUUUUUUCAAUUACUCUUGAACUUCCUUUAGUGCUGACCCCAUUUCAUUUUAGGUCCCAUCUACCAUAAGUGAUACCUAUUGUGGAACAUAGGGAGAUUGGUCUAAUAGUGUCUCCUGAGCCAAAGCCUUUAGCUGAGACAAACUGAGGUUCUCCACCACAGAGCUGGAUGAAUAAUGGGAUACUUGGUCUGUCUUGGAAGUUCAUGUUCUCUUUCCUUGUUAUGAAAUCUUUAGGAAAAUUUGGAUGGGCUUUUUGAGUUAAAAUUUCAGCUGUAACUUUGAAAAGUUCUGUUUAUGCUAAGCAGUUUGGAAAAUUUCACUUUAGUUUGACAUUUUUAGAUUUCUUCUGAAUGUGUUUCCAAAAAAGCUGGGAUAACUUGUAUUUUUAUCAGAAACCUUUUGAUGGCUUUUGUUCUGGCUUACUGACACCUGCCAAGGGAAGGGUCAAAAUUGCAAACAGAAGAAAUACCAGUGUGUCUUAAAUCACUUUACAAACUUAAAUCAGCCAAGUAAUGGGAAGACCCUUGCGUUUGCUCAUCUCUUCUUUUGGGGAACUCCAAAAUAUCUAGGAAAAUAGACAAUUUUUUCUCUAGUAUUUUGCUAUCAGGCCAUCAAUAGAUCUAUUACUUUUAGGGCUUUUGUUAUUGCAGAUUAACCAGAGCCAGAAACUGGUUUAUCUUAGUUACUGUUUUGUUUACAAUUGAGUUUUAGUGAAGCCUUUCACACUUAAAGUUUGAAACCAGGUUCUCUGUGAGGUGACAGCAUGGGGAUUUUGGCUAAUUGCAUGGGUAGACAUUACCACUGAUUCCAGUACCUGCAGAAAAAAAAAGUGUUGCUGUGGAAAUAAAACCUUCUUUUGCAUUGAAGAACAUAGUAGUAGUAGGUGAUGUCUUCAAGACACUGCAGAUAGAUAAAAUGAACCAAGGAACCCAUUUGUGGACUUCAAACUAUCUGUAAUCCAGCUUUUGCAUUUUUUAUCAUGAAUAGCUGGAAUUAUUAAAUGUUUGCAUUCUAUAUACUUGGGUUGCAGCAGUAUGCUUGUAUUUCUGGAUUUCCUACAUGCUUUUAGGGAUUGGCAAGCAAAAACUUCAGAGAACCCCUUAAAAAAGUGACCACAGGUACAAUGAUUUCAAGAGACAAACCUAUUGUAGCAAGGGUUUUUUCACCUGUAUUUUGGUAACUCUUGAAAUCAACCACUAGUGCUGUUACAUUAUGCUGAAAAGUGUGGCUGGUCAGGGGGUUACAGUCAGACCUUGAUGAAA